GUUCAAACCCAGCGCCAAAACUCGGCUAGGACGCCAUCUUUGUGGACGGGUGACCUGCUCCUCUUGGAUGGCCAGAUGUAAACAAUCCCAAUUUAAGCUAGUGGAAGGACCCUCUGCCCCCCCCACGGUGCUGGUGUAGUGGAGGAGAUGAGGAAGCAGGAAGUGUGUGUGGCAGUGGAGAAGAGAAUAGUGUAGUGUAAACUAUAUGUGAGAAGUGAUCCAAUUUUUGCGAGCUCUUAGACCCCUUUGGGAGUCGUGGCGAGUGAUUUUUUUUUUCGUUUUAACCAAGAUUUACUGGACCACUGACGGGAUUUAUCGAUAGCAAGGAAAGAGAUAAAGCAAGAUGUUUUAUGCACAUUUUGUGUUGGCCAAAAAGGGUCCUUUGGCCCGAAUUUGGCUGGCUGCUCAUUGGGAUAAGAAGCUUACUAAAGCCCAUGUCUUUGAGACAAACAUUGAAAAAUCUGUGGAUGGUAUUCUUCAGCCCAAAGUGAAAAUGGCAUUGCGCACAUCUGGACAUCUGCUGCUGGGUGUGGUGCGUAUUUACUCACGGAAAGCCAAAUAUUUGUUAGCUGACUGUAAUGAGGCCUUUGUCAAGAUCAAAAUGGCAUUCAGGCCUGGAAUGGUAGAUCUCCCUGAAGAUAUCAGAGAAGCAGCUGUCAGCGCUAUCACUCUACCUGAAGUAUUUCAUGACUUCGAUACAGCUAUGCCUGAACUUAAUGAUGUGGAUAUACAAGCACAGUUUACUUUGAACCAGUCCAGAGCAGAGGAGAUUACCAUGAGGGAGGACUAUGGUAAUAUUUCACUGGUAACUGGGGAUGAUGGAUUUGGUGAUAUGGGUUUUGAAGAGCCACCAGAUAUAAUGAGGGCUGCCUCUGCCAUGGAUCAAACACUUGACCACCCUAAUCUUAUCUUUGGGGAUAAUACCCCUCUUGACAAAGAGAAGGAACCUAGUGCAUCCAAAGAACAGGACUCGAGAUUAUCAACAGCAAGAGCCGAUACAUCUGCACUGGAUCUAGAGGCACCUAUCAGAGACGAUGGGUUUGGUGGUAAUUUAGGGCAAGAUAUUAUUGCUGGUGGGCUGUUCGAGGGUGGUCUGUUUGAUGACACUCCUAUUGGUGAUGGACCAAGUCUGGAUGAACCAAAAGAGGAAAGACAUGAUGAUUCAGAUGAUGAUGUUGGGGACUUGGAUAGGUUUGGUGGGCCUCCAUCUGUGGGACCACCUAGCUCAGCAGAUGGAUCACGUCCAUCCACCCCUAAACCAGAGGCUCAAGACCCUGUUGAUCAGCCUGAUGCUCCACCAGAAGAAAAUCAGGAGGCUGCACCAUCUGCCGCAAAUGAGGAAACGCUUGCCGGUCAUGAACAGACAACGCUGUUGCAGAAUGAAGAAGAAAGUUUUGCGCUGGCCCCAGUAGAUGCAUCGGCAAUAAAGUCAGGCUGGCCACGUGCUAAAAGGAAGAGGAAGCUAAUUGUGGACGAAGUGAAGAAUAUAUCCGGCGAGGAGAUGAAGGCUCAACUUUCAGACACCACAGACAUUGUAACUACGUUAGAUCUUGCUCCACCAACUAAACGUCUUAUGCACUGGAAGGAAACGGGUGGAGUAGAAAAACUGUUUGCCCUGCCUGGUCGUCCCAUUUAUGCUCGGUCAUUGGCACGCAUGUACCAGAGACAUCUCACUUCUGAACCUGCUCCUAAUGAAGACUUUGGAAUGGCAGGAGACAGGGAAUUGGAGAAUCUCAGCUUGGAAGUGGUUCGUGAAACGGAAGAUCCAGAGGUACCAGGGGUACCCAAGACAAGAGGAAAACAAACCAAGAGAAAGCAGCCUGAACCAGAUCCAGAGGAGGAAGAGGAACUACAGAUCUUGAAUGUGCAAACAAGAAGUCGAGAUGUAAACACCGAAGUAGUAGCACCACAAGCCCCUGAGACCCCAGUACCUCCUCCAGUUGUCGAGGAACCUCAACCAACACCUCAGCCACAACCACCACCACCACCGCCGCCACCCCAGCCUGAGAUUAUUACACUUGAAGAGCAAGCCGAGAUUAUCCCACCACAAACUCCAGUGGUUCACGAUGAGCCAGUUGCAACGAAUCAAGAACCAGCUGGAAACCAAACACCGGUGCAAAAUGCACCCUUCCAAAGCCCAGCCCAACCACAGGUGGAGACUACUGAUGCUAUCCAAACGCCAGCGCACACCACACCAUUCCAGAGUCCCAUGCACGCGGAGAUGGAGAAUCAUGGAUACAUCGAGAAUCAGCCUCCUUUGGAGAACCCUGGGUAUGAUGGGUCACAUCCCCCAGCGAACACUCCAGGCGGCAUGUCUGACGGUGGACCUCGAUCCAAUUAUUCGGAAAGGCCGAACACUCCGACUGUAGUAAUGAGGCAGGAGGAGGAGGAGGAAGAGGAGGAGCAAGCAGAUGAUGAAACUUACGAACAGUUUGAAGAACGUGUAGUGAAUAAGAGAGCUGGCCAGAUGUUCCUAAGUAUUAAGAGAAGGCUAAGAAAUAACAACAUUCUUUUCUCUGAUUUGGUACACCAUAACAAUAGAAAACAGGUGGCUCAAAAAUUUUACACGAUGUUGGUGCUGAAGAAGUUGCAAGCUGUUGAACUCUCGCAAGAAGGCCCCUUCACUGAAAUGUUCAUAAGUAAGGGCACGUUGUUCGAGAAUGCUGCACUUUAAUCACACCCCUAUGGUUCUUAAAAUGAAAUGUAUAUUGUGCCUAAAAGGACCAAGAGGCUAUUGUAAUAUUGUGCCUGGAGAAUUUUAUGAUACGAAAAUUUAAGCACUGUACCUGUUUCUGUGAGAGAAUCCAGUAUAUAGACUGACCCAUGAGAGGAUUGUGGAAUGUGGACAAAUUUAUGGACAAAAAUAUAUUUGAUGCGGGUUUGUUGCAUUUACCAUAUUCUGCAGAUUGAGGUGUUCAAGAUAUGCAUGACCAAAUUUUUUUUUUAAAUUCUGAAUCAUUAGAUAUUUUACUUAUUUUAAUUUCAUUAUAGCUAGUAACAGAAUGAGGUUUAUCUUCAAUUAUAUUUUGCAUAUUAUCAAAUUGUUUCUCCUGAAAUUGAUCUGUUGGUGGUACUGGAAUUGUUGGAACAUAA